CAGCCGGGCCAUCGCGAUGCCAUCGGUAUAAAUAAACCGGGAAACCUCCGCGCUACCCACUCACAUCCUCCGCCAGCUUCUUACUACCUGGUCACCGCUACAGGCUUGUGAUACAGACCACAGACAUCAACCACAGCUAUGGCAGACAAACCGCUGGUGGUGGCAUCCCUGGCCGACCAUGAGCUGUAUGUGACUAUUGUGGAGGAGCACUUCCGUGUGGUGUGGUGGGAAGACUACAUCAAGGCCCCUGAGAAGUACAACAAUGACAUUCAGGGAAUCCUGGUGGACGCCUAUGGCAGACUGAAGCGUGUGGACGGCUCACUCCUGGACCACCUGCCUAACCUGAAGAUCGUCAGCACCCUGAGUGUGGGAACAGACCAUCUGGACCUGGAGCUGCUGUUCAAGAGAGGGAUCAAGGUUUCCCGUGUGCCUGAUGUGAGCAGUGACUGUGUGGCAGAUUGGGGCAUGACCUUACUGACGGGGAUGGCCAGACGUAUCGUAGAAGGUGUUGACUCAGCCAAGAACCCUGCUACUCCUUUUGACUUUAACAUCAUGGGGAAGAAGAUCACUGGUGCCACCAUUGGCGUUGUUGGCUUUGGGAGAAUCGGCUACAAGAUUGCUGAGCGAGCCUAUGGAUUCAGCAUGAAGAUCCUGUACUAUGAUGUUUUCCGGCGGUCAGAGGAAGAGGAGAAGAAGAUUGGUGCUACGUACUACAGUAAUGUGGACGAGAUGCUGCCCCACUGUGACUUUGUGAUACUGAUUGUACCACUGCUACCCACCACUCAGAAGAUGAUUGGCAAGAAACAGUUUGAAUUGAUGAAGAACUCCGCCAUCUUGGUCAAUGUUGCAAGAGCCCAAGUCGUAGACCAGGAUGCUCUUGUGGAGGCACUGAAGAACAAGACCAUCCGCUCGGCAGCCAUCGACGUGACUUAUCCGGAGCCCCUGCCUGACGACCACCCCCUCCGCUUCCUGGACAACAUCAUCAUCACGCCUCACAUGGGCGCGAACAGCGAGGAAUCCCGCCGGGGCGUGGUGGUGGCCGGGGUGAAGAGCUGCAUUGCUGGGGUCAAGGGUGAACCCAUUCCUAACGAGGUGCAGCAGCCAAAGCCAGGAAAGCUGCACUGAACACCGUGCAGUCCUCCUGGUCACUGGUACUAACCAAGGGAGCUUCUGCUUCUGCACAUUACCAUUACCUCUAACCCAGCAGUCCUUUAAUACCAGUACAUGCUCACCCUACAGUUCACUCUGUAGUCUUGUAGUAAAACUCAAGAUUCCUAUACUGUAUUUUAGAAAACUUUAUGAAGAUAGUUUAUAAAAAAAGUUUGUGAAUUUCAAUCUGAAAAGAGCAAUAAAGUUUGGAGGGAAUGAGCAGGUAUCAUAAUUAUAUGUACUUUGGAGCUUUGGGCUUUGCAGGAGACAGAUUUUGAUAUUGGCUUACUGGAGAGUAAAGGAAAGCAGCUACAAGCUAUAGUUAUAUGAAUCUUCUAUCUAUGUUGUAUAUUUAGUACAUAUAUUGCCUUUCAGCUUGUCUAUAUGUGCUGUGUUAAGGUUCAACUUUAAAGCUGUAAAUGUCUCAUAUGCACUUAACGCUGGUCCGUAAAGUUCAGGGUAUGUCAGGAGCAGAGUCUAUUGCCACGUCUGUCAUGAUUGAGGCCCUUUCCAUGGCUUUUGGUGUUGCCUGGCACAGAAGCUACCAACGCUGCCAUGCUGCCAACUGAAGGCAGUAUCAUCAGGUGAAACUAUUCCAGGGGCUGAACACUGCUUCAAGUGUGCAAGCAUAACAUUCUCAUUUUCAGUAUUCAUCUGUACUGCAUUUACUUUCACUGUGGUUUUAUUUCAGAAUAUGAGAGUUUUUGCAGUGUUUUAAGUUCACAGUUGAAACAAUAAUUCUAUUACAAAACAUGGCGUCAUGAUUUUGCGUUAAGACUACGAAAAACUACCAUGACCAUUUCACGAUUUACACUGUAUUACAUGUAUCUAUGUGUAUUAACCGUUACAUGUAUCUAUUUGUAUAGCAUGUAUCUGUCUGUAUUACAUGUUCAUGUAUCUGUGUGUGUUUUCUGUGUAACAGAUGACCGAGUCUUGAAGAGUCACUUGCAUAAACCAUGAUGUACUGAUCCAGCAUCCUACACUUGUCAUAACAUCAUCAUUAACCUUCUCCUACUACAGGUGCAUCCACCUAAGUUUUGUUUUCAUCCAAAGUUCGCAGAGGGACAGUUUGAUAAUGGUAGUUGAUUGCUUGGCCUCCAUUGGGUCAAAUUGAGGUGCAUUGUGUGACCCAGCAUGUCACAUUUAUUUAUUCUUUCCAGUUUUAUAAACUUUUGGAACGGUGCACAGUAACUGUGAGGGUCGAUUUUGGAAUUCAUUAACAAGUUAUGUUAGCCUGUGGUGGUGCAAUGUUUGUUAUGCAUGUCUGUUACCAACCAUAACAUCUACUACAGAAAAGGACAGGCAGCUGAGAUUAUAUCAGUAAGAAAUGUUAACCCCACGUAAGAGUUAUAUUUGAUCAUUAAAGUAAGACAUUGUUGCAAAUGGAAAUCAAGGCCUUCCAAAGAUAUGGCAUUCAGUGGAGAUAACAGAAAUAUCAUUGACCAAACACAAAUGUCCACACUUUUUUUAUAGGGGUGGGGCGGUAUGGGGGUUUCAGGAAUGGUGCUAUAACACUGUAUAUUACCGUAUUCAUUACUCUGUGAAAGAACAGUCUGACAUGGUUCUGAGGAAAGACAUUUGCUGCUCGUGUUGUUAUGAGUCCUGCUUUGUGAAUAUUGUCACCUGGGUACACAGGCAUAUUUUUAGAUGUUGCUAGUAAAGCGAAGCUCACCUUGGAGGAUUCCUGUUGUUGAUUGUUAGCGCAUGAAGGAUACUGUUGCAGCCAAACAAGACCUCCUGAAAGCCUGUGUACCCAGACUAAGAAGUGCUGCUAAGAGAUAAUGUAGUAUAUGGAUAUUCUAUUAAGAGAUAUUUCUGUAGAUGUCAACAAGAUGUGCUUAAGAUAUACAUCUAGAACGUGGAUCAUUGAGAAUGUAUGGAUCACCCACAGACCAAUAAAGUCGUAUAUUA